UUUGACGCCGCCUCUUUUGAGACGGACCGAUUGGCCAAGGAUGCAGACGCGAUGGAGGCCAUGGCGGCUGAGGAGGCCACGUUCGCAAAGCUGCGGACGCCGUGGAAGUGGGCGGUCCGCAGGAGGAUCUGGGACAUGAUGGAGGCCGAGGACUAUGCCGAGUGGCCUCGGCCGGUUCACCACCGCAUCCCCAACUUUGUUGGCGCGGAGGCGGCGGCCAUGAGGCUGGCCGAUCUGCCGGAGUUCCAGAGCGCAAGCUUGGUCAAGGUGAACCCGGACACGCCUCAGCGGCCUGUGCGCCGCCUCGUGCUCUCGGAGGGCAAGACCCUGCUCACGCCGCAGCCGCGGCUGCGCACCGGCUUCUUCUCGACGCUCAGCGUGGACGAGAACCUCGAGCCGGGCAUGCGGGUGGAUCAGCUGACCAACUCCAAGGGCGUGGCGCAGCACGGCACGCAGGUGACGCUCGAUGCGCAGUACACAGUCGACUUGGUCGUGGUCGGCUCGACGGCGGUGUGCCCGGCCACCGGCGCUCGAGUCGGCAAGGGCGAGGGCUUUGCGGAGCUGGAGUGGGGCAUCCUCUCGGGGCAGGGCAACCUCGACCCGCAGACCACGCUCGUCGUGACGACCGUGCACGACUGCCAGGUGGUGAGCGACAUGCCGGCAGGCCAGCUGACCAAGCACGACGUCCCCGUCGACGUCAUCGUGACGCCCACCCGCGUGCUGCGUGUGGGCCAGGGGCGCGCGCCCAAGCCGAGCGGCGUGAUGUGGGACCUCCUCUCGCCGCAGAAGCUCUCGCAGAUCAAGGCGCGCGCUUUCGAGGCUCCUCCCGUGCUGCGCGACCUGAAGCGGCGCAUCGAGGGGGAGACGGGGAUGCCACUGCCUCAGGGGCCGGACGAGACGCUGCCGCCCACAGCUGGCCGGCAGGGCAGG